UACUUUGCCAACACAAAAAAGUUAGAUAAUUUUUUUAUAGCUCCAUCUAUAAUUUAUUGUAAAGCAACAUUUUUCUUCUUCUUGUUAUCUCUUUAUCAGUCCCAUGGUUCUGUAUUUAAACCUAAUGUUCAAAUAGUUUUAGCUUCAUAACAUUCUUGUUCUCAUUCAACGGUUAGAAAAAAGAAAAAAAAAAAUGGCUCGUCCUGUUUUUAUAUCACUAGAUGAAGUUAAAAGUGUUUUGACUUGGUCAUUAGUCAAUGAAUCAAUUGAAGAAGCUUUUAAAUCAGUUGUUGUGGGUAAAGAUAAAUUAACGAAAUAUCAAAAUCAUCCCUACGCCUAUCAAAAUGCUAGAACUGUAACAAAAACACAAAAUGAAAAAGUAUGGCUGUAUACUAUGCCAGGAUAUAUUGGCAAUCAUAAAGUGACUCUAGAAGAUGUUAAACGUAAAGCAUUCGAAACUGUUGCAUGUAAAUUACUCACGUGGUCAGGGAUCAAUAAUCAACUCAAUCCAGCAAUUCCAAACAUUCUUAGCAAUAUUUUACUUUUUGAUGAAAAAACUGGACAAUUGAAAUGUAUCAUGGAUGGAGAUCUUAUUACUGCCUGGAGAACAGCGUCAGCAUCUGUUGUAGCCACAAAAUAUCUUUAUUUUGGAAGAAGAAGUGUAAACGCAUCGGAUGGAGUAAUUUUGGCAAUUAUCGGUUGUGGAGUUCAAGGCAAAAGUCAUGCUUUAGGAAUGUGUACAGAGUUUAAAGUCAAUGAAAUUCGUCUAUGGAAUCGAACCGCUAAAAAAGCUGUGGAUCUAUCUACUCAUCAGGAUAAUGCUAGGAAGACUUUUGUGAAUCCAAAUCUCAAAGUAACAGUUUGCCAUACAGUAGGAGAAUGUGUUGCCAAUGCUGAUAUUAUCGUCACUUGUUCAGACAUGGAAAAACCACUUUUGCACUUAAAUAUGCUGAAAGAUGAUGUACACAUCAAUGCCGUUGGAGUAAGUGUCAAUCAUUACAGUGAACUUGGUCAAGACAUUUACGAUGUUGCUCCUGUAUACAUUGACUCUUGGGCUGGAGCUAAAACAGAACUUGCUGGUUUGAAAACUAAUCUUGUGUGCGAGGUUGGUGAGGUUAUCUUUGAUGGUGGCAUGUGCCCAAAGCAAGGAAUUUCAGUAUUUCAGUCAUUGGGAAUGGCUGUAGAAGACGCUGCAGUAGCUCAAGCUGUUUAUCAGAAACUUAAGAGAAAUAAUCAAAUAACAAGUAAAAUUUAAGUUUAAGUUUUGAUGGCUUUUAUUAUAAGAAUUAAAAAAACUUUCGUGUGUCAAUAAUAAAAAAAAGUAUAUUACAAUAAGAA